GCGACUUCCCCGCAUCCCUGGUGUUUACUACAAUCGCCCUCAUUGCCAUGCCUCAACUUCCCUCGUCUCUCGUUGUUGCCGUUUCGCUUUUGAGCGUGGUGCGGGCGCUUAACGUGACUCUCCCCGCGAGGGCUCCAUCUAGCGCCAACUCCAUCGCUCCUGAUCACUUUUCGCUCUCCAUCGAGCUGGACGGAUGGUUGAAUUGGAUUGGGAACGAUACCAGAAACGAGUUCUUCUACAAUGCCUUGGACAACAUUGUUAGGCUUACUGGUGUCCCUCCGCGUAUCAGAGUAGGAGGCAAGAGCCAGGACAAGACCUUUUGGGCUCAGACAGCAGAUACGAUUACAGCCGUAUAUCCCCCUGCGACCGAUGAUGUUCCCUUCCCCGAGCCUUUGCGGGUGACGGUUGGGGACAACUUCUACUACAAAUCGCUUUUCCUUCCAGACAACACCAAACUUAUUCAUGGCCUCAACUUCCAAUCAAUGGACAGUCUGCGAGGGGUCUAUCAUCUCAAUUCGAUUCUCAACUCGUACUCGGUCCUUCCAGAAUUCAAGGAGAGGAAUAUCAGGCUGGAUGCCGUCGAGGCCGGGCACGAGCCUGAUUUGUACGACAACAAGUAUCCUCCCCCGUAUACCCCACAAAAAUAUGUCAACGAGUGGACAAGUUGGACCUCGGGUGUGCUCGACUUUAUUCCAUUCCUUCAUCCUGAAAUCCACGAAUAUGGGUUGAAGUACUGGGCUGGUUCACUGUCGGCCUCAUCCCGCGAAUCGGACGCUGGGUUCUCGCCACAUGCACUCUUCAAAGAGGGCCUUUUGACCAAGACGAAGGCGGGCACUGCCAUCACAACUGUAUCGCAGCAUCACUACAGUGGAGGUUCGAACUGUGCAAGCAGCGCGACUUUGCAGGACUUCGUGGGCAAAUCCCAAGUCAGGUCCAGUCUUUCUGUGCUGUCAACUGACAUCUCGGUCACGAGAGCUAACAAGCUGGAGUAUGUUCUUGGCGAGACUGGAAUCUUGUCUUGCCAGAAGGCUGGCGUGAGCAACGUCGCUGGUUCGGUGAUCUGGUCACUUGACUAUCUCUUGCAAGCUGCACAACUUGGUGUAUCUCGUGUGUUCUUCCAUCAGCGCAUUGGAUCCCUCUCGAACAUCAUCCAACCUUCACCUCUCAGCCGCUCACCUAUCGAUGGGAAAGAGCUCUCUUCCCCUCUCCAACCCCACGUCCAGCCCCAAUACUACGCUGCGAUCAUCGCUGCUGAGGCUAUUGGUUCCAGUGGGAACGUCCGCGUUUCAGAACUAAAAAUAGACAACCCAUCCGUAUCCGCAUACGCGUUUUACGAAGGAAACACCCUGUCUCGCGCCAUCUUCAUCAACUCCCAGGUGUAUCGCAGGUCAGAUGGAAGGAGACCCUCUGUCCGCGUCACCCUCAACCUUCCAGGACAAGGACCUCGAAUUCAACCUGCGAUUCUGAAACGCCUGGCUAUUGCGUCCGCCGACGAUACUUCGAAUCUCAGCUGGGGCGGCGUGACAUAUGAGACGGAGGACGCCCGGCCCAGCGGGCGGGAGUGGAGAGAGCACAUUAUCCCUGGGCAAGGGUUCGACCUCAGGGCCACCGAGGUUGUGCUCGUGUCUUUCGACUGAAAAUCAGUGGUCCCGUGUCCAAGUAGUGGCUUAUCGAGAUACCCGUGCUAUUGUUCUUGUAUUUAUAGCUUCAAGUUGAACACCGAAACAAAUACAAUGUCGAAUUGGAG